AUGUCUGAAGUUAUUUUUUUAGAUUCUAAUAAAGGAAAUAACUGUUGUAUUUUCAAAAAUUAUAAAUUUUAUUUGGCUAAGCAAAGUGAUAAAGAUGAGGUUUUUCGAUGUAGUACCAAGUAUUACAAGGUACGACUUAUAAUGUCGAGUCCUACAAACAUAUAUGAAGAUAGUGUACAUAAUUACGAUGCAAUAGGCGAUGAAGAUGUUACUGUGAUGUUGGCAAAAUCUAAAAUGAAACAUUUUAGAAAAACCUUACAAAUCACGAAUAGGGAAAUUUACGUCCAGACAGCAGCAGGCUUAGAUAUUGUUGAACGUAAUAAAUUAGGUUAUUCUAAAAAUUUAGGCAGGACACUUAGAUACAUUAAGGGGAGGAUAAAUAAUGAAUUCUUAAAUGAUUGUGAGUAUGAUGAUAUACCAGAGUUAUUUAAACAAACCCUUGACAGAAAAUUUUUUUAA